AUGCCCCGCGGCUGCGCGCUCCUGCUCGCCUGGCUGCUAUUCGCCGCGGCCCUUUCGGCCACCCCGGGGCUCGGGGCACCGGUGAAGGAAAAGAGAGGCUGGACCCUGAACAGCGCCGGCUACCUCCUCGGGCCACAUGCCAUUGACAACCACAGAUCGUUUCAGGAGAAGCCUGGCCUCACUGGCAAACGGGAGCUCCCGCCCGAAGACGAAGCAAGGCCAGGAAGCUUUGCCAGGCCGCUUUCCGAGAAUGCUGUUGUGCGCACGAUAAUUGAGUUCCUGACUUUCUUGCGUCUCAAAGAGGCCGGGGCCCUGGGGUUCCUGCCCGACCUCCCGCCCGCAGCCUCCGCAGAAGACUGGAAACAGCCCUGAGGAAGCCCUCGGGAAUGUUCCUCCGCACGAUGUCGCUUACGGCCAAACUCGGCCACGACGGAUGGUGUUGUGCCAACUUACGUGGGGUGGCCAGUCCUGUCUUCUCUGCCCUGAUGCUGUGCCGUGUUAUUGCUGUUAAGAUUUUUUUUUCCCGUUUGAUAAUUAUUUUGAGUGGCAAAAUAAAAGAUAGC